GUUUGUUUAUUUUGAAUAUUUUUUGGUUACAGAAAAUUUUUCAUUUUUUUUUAUCAAAUGAAUAAUGUUAUCAAUACAAUUUUCAGACAAUUUAAUCACCGAUCUAUUGAUGUGAAAUGGAAAAUGAAUGGAAUGAUUAAAAUGGAUCAAUUAUCACGAAUGUUUUACGAAUCAUUUCGGUUGUUCCAUACUGUUGGUGGUGGUGAACAACAACAAACUAUUCAACAAACGUGGCCAAAAGAACAGCAACAACAAAAUUUUGAUUAUUUUCUUAUUCUAGAUUUUGAGGCAACAUGCGAUAGACCACAAUUAACACCGAUGGAAAUAAUUGAAUUUCCAGUGCUGAAAUUUGAUUGUAGAACAUAUGAAAUUGUCGACACAUUUCAUCGUUAUGUACGACCAACUGUUCAUCCAAAUCUUACAUCAUUCUGCAUUGAAUUGACUGGUAUCGUACAAGAUAUGGUUGAUGAUUCCGAUAGAUUUUCAAAAGUUUUUAAGGAUUUUCAAAAAUGGUUAUUGGAAACCAGAUUAAUCAAUGAUAAUCAAGCACCAAUUUCAAGAUUUACAUUCAUUACAUGUGGUGAUUGGGAUCUGAAAAAAAUAUUUCCAACACAAUGUAAGAUAUGUAAUUUUGAUGUACCACCAUAUAUGAAAUCAUGGAUAAAUGUGAAAAAAUCAUUUGUCGAUCAUACGAAUGAAUGGCCCAAAAGUCAAUCAUUCAUGUUGGAUCGUUUAGAAAUCCAACCAAUUGGCCGUGCUCAUUCCGGUAUUGAUGAUUGUCAUAAUUUAGCACAAAUCGUAAGACAUUUAGCAACGCAAGGUUAUAUUUUUUGUAAUAAUUCUCGAUUAAAAUCAGAAUGAAUUGAUUUAUUUUUAGGAAUUUAAAUUUAAAAAAAAUUCAAUAAAAAAAACAUUCAAAAAACCAUUUUGGGUC